UAAAAGAACACCGCUAAAAGGGGGUUUCCUUCAAUUAUUUGACAAAUCCAAACAAUCGCUUUCCAAAGACGAGUUUUCGUUUGCAGGGGUGACUUAAUGCCUUCGUGUGCAAUGCCAGUUACUAUGGCUACCAGUGUAAAAUCGAUAGGCAACUCUUCUACCAAUACCUGUAACGAACGUCACGAAAAAUCACCCGAUACCUCUAAAUGGAGAAUAUUUGCCUCCAAUACUACUCUUCAUGGACUGCGACACAUCGUUAGAAACGAAUCGUCUUUUUUCAAAAGGUUUAUUUGGUUUUUGUUUUUGUGCACUGCCGCUGGGACAUAUUGUUAUCUUUCGACCAUCAGUGUCACGAAAUACUUCUCCCGACCCCUCAAAACUGUAAUUUCGCAAGAAACCCCAAACAACGGCUUGAAGUUCCCAGCUGUGACAAUCUGCAAUUUAAAUAUUUUCAUGAAAUCGAAGAUAGAUACAGCGGAUGAGGAUGAAAACUUUGUAAAACUGGGAUUAAAUAUAACUGGGUGCAGUGAUAAUGAAUUUCGAAGUGCGCGCGGAAAUCUCACUUGUGGGCAAGCGUUGCUGUGUGCCUACGAAUGGUAUGGGUCUGCUAUUGUGAGAGGCUGCAACAAAUCCGUUCGCCAGAAUAUCGUCAAUGCUUUAAACCGCUCCUCAGAACGUAUUUAUAACGAAGAGGAGUUCCUCGCCAGAUAUGGCCAUAAUAUAACCGGUAUGUUUUUACUUUAUUGUCGUUUUAUGAAAACAACCGAAUGUUCAGACGAGGAUUUUAUUCCAAGGCUUACCGAAAGUGGAAUUUGUUAUACAUUCAAUUCUGGACAGAAAAGCCCCGCUCUCAGAGCAAUAUUUGAAGGUCCCGAUUUCGGGCUAAAUAUCCUCCUCGAUGUUCAAACAAAUGAGAGUACCGUGGCUGAUUUUUCACACGGACUUAAAGUGAUUGUACACGAUCAAGAUACGUUUGUAAACCGUCACAUUGGAUUUAACAUUCCCCCCGGAUUCCAUGCUACGGUGGCUGUCAAACUGAGAAAGCAUAUCAGAUUGCCAAAACCAUACAAGACAAACUGUCAGCAGGCAAACUUGCCUGGGAUUGGUACCUACACAAAGGAUGGCUGCAUAACGCAAUGCUUGGCAAACGCAACGUUAGCUAGAUGUGGGUGUCGCAUUAUUGGGUUACAAGAUCAGAGCGAUGCACCUUUGUGUUCCAUGCAAGAUGCUAAUUGUGUUUACCAAUCUGAAAUUGACGUAGGAGAAGUCAACUUGUCGGCGUGCUCCUGCAGCAACGCAUGUACAGAACUGGAAUACGAGACACGUGUUUCCUAUUCCAAAUUUCCUGAUAACUCGAUAAUUGAUAUCUUGCAUCAUACCUUUGGGAAAAAAGAGAGUUCCAGUUACAUGAGAGAUAACUACGUCUUUCUUCAAGUCGGUUUCCAGCAUUUGGCCUAUGAAAAGCGAGAGGAUGUUCCUAGUUAUAAAUUGGAGAGUCUUUUAGGUGAGUUUGGUGGCAACAUGGGAUUGUUCCUUGGGUGCAGCUUAUUGACUCUUUGCGAGUUCCUCGACUUCGUAUGGGCUGCUGUAUUGUCCCGGAUGAGAAGACGUUCUGUAGAAAUAUCAUCUACCGAGUAUUAGCACCAUGUCAUAAACGACGUCGACAUAUAAAUUCUACAUUCUACAUAGAGGAUUGAAUUAUCGUCCAGCGAAAGUAGGAAUAGCAAAAAAUUGUAUUUGAUUGUUUAAGAUAGAUUUCUAAACGUGCUGCGCCAGCUGACAGUGAGAGACGAAAGUGGGAAGCGAUUGUAGUCACUGAAAAAGUAGUCAAGGAUGAUAAAGAACACGUCACGUUUUAUGUCA